CCCAUGGGGUCCUCGUGCUCGUGCCAUUUCCCCAGUAAACCGAUCACCACAGCUGUGCAGACGAGUCGUCCAGCACAAGCUCCAGCAAGUGCCAAACACUCGGCCCCAGAAAACCUGAUCCAGAUCACAUCACGGCACCUCCAAAACCGCAGCACCACGCGUACCAUGGCAUUGUCUCCUGCCCAACAAUCACACGCUUGCUUUACCCCUGGGCUAUAAAUCCAUAUGGCUAAAUGUCCUUCUAACAACACCACUUCAUCCAUAGACAAAGGCAUUCCAACUUCCAACUAGCAGAAGAUUUUCUCCAGUUUUCAAAAACACAAGAAACUACCAUGAUGAGUGCCAAGAAACUCGCUCAGCUCGCCAAGAAGUGGCAAAGGAUGGCAGCUAUCAGGAGGAAGACGCUCACCUGGUCGUUCUCAUGGUCCAGAGAAGAAGCCGGAGGGUCGUGCGGCACGUCAUGCUCGUCGGUGGCCGGCAAGGGCCAAUGCAUCAUGUACACUGCCGAUGGUGCAAGGUUCGAGGUGCCCCUUGCGUUCCUAGGAACGACCGUCUUCAGCGAGCUCUUGAGGAUGUCCCAAGAGGAGUUCGGCUUCGCAGGUGUUGAUGGUGGCAGAAUCACGCUGCCCUGCGACGCAUCGGUGAUGGAGUAUGCCAUGUGCUUGCUCAGGAGAAGUGCCUCCACAGAGAUGGAAGCCGCGUUCCUCAACACGUUUGCGAUGCCAUGCCACUAUCAUGUGGCGCAGCAUCUGGGAGUUGGCCAGCGUUUCGGUGUCUGCAGCUCCUGAUUACCAUCUGCAGAAAUAUAGGAAAAUAGACUAAGGAGAACAGUUUAUGUGUAGCAUUUUGAUCUUGCAAGCAAUCAAGGAAGAUGUACAGUAGUUAGAGACACUGUUCUUUCAGUGUAUGCAUAUACUAUGUUCGAAAGAUAAAUGAUUGAUCACAGUUUUCUGGGACCUAA